AUGGCAGUGAAUUCACGGGGCCGAAGCCGAAGACCUCCGGCGAUGACGCCAGGCCUUGAGUCCUCAAACUGCGGAGCAGUGGCCGCUGAGAGCAGCACCUUCUAUGGCGGCACCUUUGCAGAGGAGGCUCAGACCAUUUAUCCAAGUCGCUGCAGCUCCAUUCAGCCCACGCAGAUGCCGGAGUCCUUUGCUCUUCAAGGCCCCUACAAAGGGAGCUUCCAGUACGGGCAGUCAAGCCAACCGAGCUUCGGCAGCAGCUUCCACAGCUUCAGCCUCUCCCGGCCGCCGGCCAGCCCUCAGAGGAAGACGAUGAAUGGCGCAUGCCCCAGCUUUGGAGAUGGCAAGGGCUUGGACUCAUUGUGGAGCUUCAACACGCGGCAUACCAUUGCCUCGAAGCCGGUGAAGGGCCUUGCACCUCCGGGCCUCAUUGCCACUGGUAUCCCUUGGCUGGAUCAUGGGCCGGGGCAGGCAACUUUGCAAAGUCCCUUUGCCUCUCCCCGCAGUCGCAGCCCUUCGCCUCUUCCGCCCCCUCCCCCCCCUCUACCUCCACCCCUACGCUUGGAACAUGCGCAUCCUUCGGCUCACCAAAGAGUUCUGAGCCCCUUGCGAUCGCUGAGCCCGACACCUGAGCAGGCCUGGCCGCAGACCGUCCAGGCACCAUUUCCCAUUGUCACAAGGGCUGUCAGCCAGGCCAGCUCAGUGCCAGCUCCGAUCCCGCUUGCAUCCUCAGAAGCCACCCAGACAGCUCGCAGCACGGUGAGCAGAAUGACCACCAACCCAUGCGUGGGUCGUGUAAUCUAUUUACCUCCCAUCACAGUUCCUGCUUCAGGGACAUCUGCACCAGCCGAGACGCCUGCCAGUCGCAGCCGAUCUAUUUCGCCGUUGAGAUCGCCAUGCAUGGGAAGCACUCAGGGGCCAAGAAUCAUCAGCGACGUUGUCGUGCCAGGUUUGAAGAACCUUCCCGCAACUGUGGAGGACAAGCCAAGCGCCGAUACAGCGGGGGCCGAACUGGGAAAUCUGUACGUCAGCGACAUCCUGCAUAUGUCCGAAGUCAGGCUGUCAUCCUUGCCAAAGCCUAGCUCCAUUCCAGGCGCAGGGUCAGAUGCCAGCACGGAUGCGCCUGGACCCACGCCUCCGGUGCCACCCUUGCGGGGCGUCUCCCGGGUCUUCCGGCGGGGUCUCUUUGCAGGAGAGCUGGCCCAGGUAGAGACGCUUCUGUCGCCUGCUGGGGAGAUGGAGCUGCGCCAUGCUGCCAGCCAGGAGUUCCGUUGGGCCCUCCAAAGUGGUGGUCGUGCACGGGGCGAUACCAUCGACCUGGCCGCGGCGCUGACGGCUGUUCGUCAGCUGGCGUACCUUUACGGUCUGCCAGCGCUCGAUGCAGAUGCAGCACAGAGGUGUUUUGGAAGCGCCGACGCCGUUGACCUGCCAACCUUUGAG